GGCAGGUACUCAUUUUAUAUUAGUUCAAAGGCCGUGAUAGCACAAGGAAAUAUAAGGAAUAUCUGACUGGCCAAAAUGGCUGGAAAAGGCAGAGGAAUAGCAGCAUUCACUUUCAACAUCGAGGCCCUGGGUCUCUCCAGAGGGUCCAUGCCAGAAACCCAAAGAGGGCCAACUCCACUCUUCCCACAAAUUGAAUAUAAACCAGUGCCUUUGAAAGCUGGAGAGGAUGAAGAUUAUAUGAGAGCUUUGAAACAAGAGAUGAGAGGACGAAUGAAAGAUCUCCCAUUUAACAUAAAACCCCAUGCAGGAAAGGGAGAUGUGGAGAGGUAUAAGGAGAAAUACACAAGAGAAAUUAAAAGAAUUGAAGAUGAUAACUGGACACCAGAUUGGAACCGUCUUCCAAAGGAGCUGAAGCCACAAAAGAAGAUUAUUAAAAAGAAAAGAGAUACUACGAAAAAUGCAAAGAUCUCAAGUAAGGACAAGGUGGAAGUGUUGAAUAAACUUGAUGAACUUGAAAAGAAGGGAGACGUAAAAUCAGAUGAGGAGGAUGAAGCAGAGGGAGGGAAGAAGGAAGAUGGGGAAGAAGGGGAAGAAGAAGAAAUUGAAGCAGAAUAUGAUGAAGAGCUUGAAGAGGAAAAUGACUACAUAGCAAGCUACUUUGAAGAUGGUGAUGAUUACGGGGGAGGAAGUGAUGACAACAUGGAUGAAGCCACUUACUAGCAAAAAAAUUAAUAAAUAAAUACCCUCAAUUAAAAAAAAAAAACAUUAAAUCAUAGCAUGCAGAAGAAUUAUGUAUUAAUAGGUAUGUACUAUAUAAAGGCACUAGAUUUAAUUGAUA